GUCGUCACGAAGCUCUACCAGCAAGACUUCCUCCACUGGUCCGAGCACGACUCGCAGUCGAAGCAAGAAGACGCCCUCGAGAAGCAAAUGGCCGAGGUGCCCAUCGUCCAGCGCUUCAUCCACUGCGACACCACCUGGAUCACCGAGUCCUUCACCAUCAACAGCCCCCACAUGCGCAAGAUCCUCCUCCAGGUCCUCGCAGACUACCAGGACCUCGACCUGGAGCUCGACAACUGGACGUUCCGCCCGCCGUACAUCCCGCUCGUCCACCGGUGGCAGCGGCUCCAGGACUUUUGCAAGGACACGACCGAUGCGGCGUUGGCCAAGGCCGGACAGGAGAUGAUUGACUUUCUGCUCCCCAUCGUCGGGCCGUCGGUGAACUCGCUCGCGCAGACCCGUCUUACGGGCAAAGUCAAGUUUGAUUCUCUUUGGCAGAUCUUCCCUCCUGGAGAACUCGUCAUGACCCAGAUCUACGGCCAGGACACCAUCUGCCGUGUGCUCAAGCAUGAACUGAUUGGAAAAUCAUACUCCUCCCGCGGCGUUUGGACCAAGAUUUCCGGAUACGAAGGCUACGCUCGUGCUCAUCAGCUGCCGACUUGGCCUAUCGCGUACGCUAGCGAUCCAGAUGCCAUCAAGACAAAGAUGGUCGCCCGCGGUCGCCAGUUUGAGGACUUGAGGACCUACCACUUUAUGCAAUACGAAGGCCGCAAGAUUGUCACCAGAGGAAGAGGCAAAGAAGAAGAACCAGUGAGCCCUCCCAGCAGCAGCAGCACUUCGUCCUCUGACGAACCUGCCGAUGCAGACGAUGAGCUCAAACUCACCGCCAAGAGCCGCGAGACAAGGCUCGAACGCAAGGAGCAUCUCGCCCCCCUGACAGAUGAGCAAUGCAUGAUCACCACCCCCUGGGUCCGCGGCUUCGAUCUCAAGGCCAAAGAGUGGGCGCUCUUCCUCGUGGAGGAAAUGAAGGACAUCGUCUGGAACGACGACGCCUUCUCCAACCUCGUCCUCCCCGGCGACGAAAAGGAGCUCGCGUGGUCCUUCAUCGAGAACAAGAACUUUGCAAACUCCGACUUUGACGACUUCGUCGCCGACAAGGGCCGCGGCAUCAUCAUCCUCAUGUUCGGGCCCCCCGGCGUCGGAAAGACGUUCACCGCCGAGGCCGUCGCCGAAAAUGGCCGCGUGCCCCUGUACGCAAUGAGCGCCGGCGCCCUCGGCACGAAGCCGCUCGAGGUCGAAGAGGCCCUCGACCGCGCCCUCGAGCUGUGCCGUUUGUGGAACGCGAUGCUCCUCCUCGACGAGGCGGAUGUGUUCCUGAGCGCUCGCAAGGAGGACACCCUCGCCCGCAACGAGCUGGUGUCCAUUUUCCUGACCAAGCUGGAGUACUACCAGGGAAUUCUCUUCUUGACGACGAAUCGCGCUGCGAGUCUCGACCAUGCGUUCCAGUCCCGCGUCGAUCUAUUUCUACCGUACAACGACCUUACCACGGCGGCUCGACGAAAGGUCUGGCAGAAUUUCAUCGUGCGGGCUGGUGGCGAGACGAGCUUCGGGGUUGCGGAGGAGGACUACGAUCGCCUUGCGGAGUUGAAGCUGAAUGGGCGCGAGAUCAAGAACUUGAUUAAGAGCGCGAGACUACUGAAUAUGAAGAGUAGACAGCCGGUUACUACGGAGAGGUUGGCGCAGUUGGCGGAGAUGAGGAUCACGGCUAUGGAGAUGCUGAAUAGAGGAGAGAAGGCUUGA